CGCUCUGGCCCCGCCCCGAUCUUGCCCGAACCUACAGCAUCCCUCGACCCGUCCUUCGUCAUCACCUUCUCCUCUUAGUUUGCCUUUCGCCCUUCACGCUGGAGUCGCCGCCAUGGCCCAGAGACUGGCAAAGCACUGGUGUCUGAGUGCCAUCAGGAGUCCACUGCAGGUCAUUAGUUUCCCAGCACUUCAACUGCACGUGAGUGGAACAGCAAUGAGAGCCGAUCAGAAGGACUUUGAAAAUGCAGUGACUCGGGUAAAGUUGUUGAAGGAUCCAGGAAAUGAAAUGAAGCUAAAACUCUAUGCAUUGUAUAAGCAGGCCACUGAAGGACCUUGUAAUGUUCCCAAACCAGGUGUGUUUAACUUGAUCAAUAAGGCCAAAUGGGAUGCAUGGAAUGCUCUUGGAAGUCUACCCAAGGAAACUGCCAGGCAGAACUAUGUGGAUUUGGUGUCCAGUUUGAGUUCUUCGUCUGCAUCCUCUAGCCAAGUGAAACCUGGAGCAGACAAGGAACAACAGGGAAGUGAAAACCUGGUGGUGACCUCUGAAAACGGCAUCACAAAGAUCAUGUUGAACCGGCCCACCAAAAAGAAUGCAAUCACCACUCAGAUGUAUCAGGAGAUCAUACUUGCACUCAAAGCUGCAAGCAAGGAUGAUUCGACCAUAACUGUUUUAACAGGAAAUGGCGACUAUUACUGUAGUGGGAAUGAUCUGUCUAACUUCACUGAUGUUCUCUCAGGCGAGAUAGAAGAGAAAGUGAAAAGUAUUGCUAUUUUACUGAGAGAUUUUGUAGACUGCUUUAUAGAUUUCCCUAAGCCUCUGAUUGCAGUGGUAAAUGGUCCAGCUGUGGGAAUCUCCGUCACCCUUCUUGGUCUGUUCGAUGCCGUGUAUGCGUCUGACAGGGCAACAUUUCAUACUCCUUUUAGUCAACUAGGCCAAAGUCCAGAAGGAUGCUCCUCUUACAUUUUUCCGAAGAUGAUGGGCCCAGCCAAGGCAAAAGAGAUGCUUAUUUUUGGAAAGAAGUUAACAGCAGGAGAAGCAUGUGCUCAAGGACUUGUUACUGAAGUUUUUCCCGACAGUACUUUUCAGACAGAAGUUUGGACCAGGCUGAAAGCAUAUUCAAAGCUCCCCCCUAAUGCCAUGAGAAUUUCAAAACAGAUCAUUAGAAAUAUGGAGAAAGAAAAGUUACACGCCGUUAAUGCUGAAGAAGUUAGUGUCCUCCAGGAAAGGUGGCUGUCAGACGAAUGCAUAAAUGCAGUCAUGAACUUCUUAUCCAAAAGAGCAAAACUGUGAUGACCACUGUUACAAAGUUAAACAUUUCAAAGGAAGGGCUGUGCUAUAAUCUCUGAUUUUCAAUACUUUAACUAACUGAAUAAGCUUCAUUAUGUCUUUUUUCAAUGAUAAAAUAUCAUUUAUAAUUAUUAUAUUUUACUAGAGCCCUGAUGAGAAAUAAAUUAUGUAAAACAA